AUGAGUUAUGAUUCAACUUCCCUCUUUAUUCCAGCAGGAGAUGUUGAGGAGUCAGUUGGGGAAUUUCACGGGUUCUCACUGGAAAAAGCCAAGAUUGAACAGGCUGAAGGAAACUUCGAGAACAGAGAUGAACCACAGAGGCAGGAAGGAAACCGUACACUGAAAAGAGGGGUUAAGAGCAUUCCUCGCCAAGGAAGCAGGUUCCAUGAAAUCCCUGUCUGCAGCCGUCACCAACAGACUCUUUCAGGAAUGAAACUAUUCAUCUGUUCAGAGAAUGGAAUUACAUUCUCCGGUCAAAGGAAGGCAUAUAAAUGCCGUUAUUGUGGAAAGUACAUCAGAUACAGAACACAGCUUUUAGUACACCAAAGAAUACACACAGUACAGAAACAUGGUGAAUUCUCAGAGUGUAGAAAGAACUUCAGUAUGAAUUCCAGUCUACAAAAGCACCAAAGAACCCACACAGGGAAGAAGACUUUUCAAUGCUCAGAGUGUGGAAAGACAUUCAGUGUGAGUUCCAGUCUUCAAAAGCAUCUAAGAACCCACACAGGGGAGAAACCAUUUGAAUGCUCAGAGUGUGGAAAGACAUUCAUUGUGAGUUCCAGUCUUCAGUAUCAUCAAAGAACCCACACAGGGGAGAAACCAUUUGAAUGCUCAGAGUGUGGACAGAGAUUCAGUUCAAAUGGCAAUCUUCAACAGCAUCAGAGAACCCACACAGGGGAGAAACCGUUUGAAUGCUCAGAGUGUGGAAAGAGAUUCAGUUCAAAUGGCAAUCUUCAAAAGCAUCAGAGAAUCCACACAGGGGAGAAACCUUUUGAAUGCUCAGAGUGUGGAAAGAGAUUCAGUUCAAAUGGCAAUCUUCAACAGCAUCAGAGAACCCACACAGGGGAGAAACCGUUUGAAUGCUCAGAGUGCGGAAAGAGAUUUAGUGUGAAUUCUAGUUUUCAGUAUCAUCAGAGAACCCACACAGGGGAGAAACCUUUCGAAUGCUCAGAGUGUGGAAAGAAAUUCAGUGUGAGUGGCAGUCUUCAGCUGCAUCAGAGAACCCACACAGGGGAGAAACCUUUUGAAUGCUCAGAGUGUGGAAAAAGAUUCAGUGUGAAUUCCAGUCUUCAGCAGCAUCAGAGAACCCACACAGGGGAGAAACCUUUUGAAUGCUCAGCGUGUGGAAAGAGAUUCAGUUUGAAUUCCAGUCUUCAAAAGCAUCUAAGAAACCACACAGGGGAGAAACCGUUUGAAUGCUCAGAGUGUGGAAAGAGAUUCAGUGAGAAUUCCAGCCUUCACCAGCAUCAGAGAACUCACACAGGGGAUAAACCUUUUGAAUGCUCAGAUUGUGGGAAGAGAUUCAGUUUGAAUUCCAAUCUUCAAAAGCAUCUAAGAACCCACACAGGGGAGAAACCGUUUGAAUGCUCGCAGUGUGGAAAAAGAUUCAGUGAGAAUUCCAGCCUUCACAAGCAUCAGAGAACUCACACAGGGGAUAAACCUUUUGAAUGCUCAGAUUGUGGGAAGAGAUUCAGUUUGAAUUUCAGGCUUCAUCUUCAAAAGCAUCUAAGAACCCACACAGGGGAUAAACUGUUUGAAUGCUCGCAGUGUGGAAAGAGAUUCAGUGAGAAUUCCAGCCUUCACCAGCAUCAGAGAACUCACACAGGGGAGAAACCUUUUGCAUGCUCAGAGUGUGAAAAGAGAUUCAGUUGCAGUGGCACUCUUCAGCAGCAUCAGAGAACCCACACAGGGGAGAAACAUUUUGAAUGCUCAGAGUGUGGAAAGAGAUUCAGCCGGAGUGGCAAUCUUCAGCAGCAUCAGAGAACCCACACAGGAGAGAAACCGUUUGAAUGCUCAGAGUGUGGAAAGAGAUUCAGCCGGAGUGGCUAUCUUAAAAAGCAUAAGAGAACCCACACAGGGGAGAAACCGUUUGAAUGCUCAGAGUGUGGAAAGAGAUUCAGUGCAAAUGAUGGUCUUCAACAGCAUAAGAGAACCCACACAGGGGAGAAACCAUUUGAAUGCUCAGAGUGUGGAAAAAGAUUCAGAGUGAAUUCCAGUUUUCAGUAUCAUCUAAGAACCCACACAGGGGAGAAACCUUUUGAAUGCUCAAAGUGUGGAAAGAGAUUCAGUGUGAGUUCCAGUCUUCAGCUGCAUCAGAGAACCCACACAGGGGAGAAACCUUUUGAAUGCUUAGAGUGUGGAAAGAGAUUUAGUAACAGUAGCCAUCUUCAAAGGCAUCAAAGAACCCACACAGGGAAGACGACUUUUGAAUGCUCAGAGUGUGGAAUGAGAUUCAGUGGCAAUUCAGGUAACAAGGGUGUAGGGGAGAGUGGGGGCAGCGCCCAGUGUGAGGAGCUGGGCUCCGUCAGCCCAGCCGACGCAUUGUCCCGCAUGCCCCAGCAUGACAGUCAAAAGGAAGAAGUGAUAGACUCCCUCAUUCCCCCCUCAGUAGUAGCCGGAGGAGUCACCACCCGCUCAGGGAAACAAACGGGAGCCCCCGAGCCCCAACAAAAAGAGCGCUUCGCAGCGGAAGCAGAGGCGGAAGGGGAUGAGCAGCCCGAAGGGCUCGAGAAAGGGGAGGGGGGCUUUGGCUCCACAACGGCAAGAUUUACGUACCCAAAAGCCUGA